UACGUCCUAUCUGUUUCUCUGCUCUGUUAUUGCAGUAACAGUCAUCUCGUUGCAUGCUCGUCUUCCUUCUUACCUCCCUGUUUUGUGAAAAAAUAAAGCAAGGAAUAACAAUUUAUUGCUGGUUCUUCUUCCCUCCCAAAGCCCGUUCUUUUAUAACGGCAUUGACUCGGAGUUAUCGACCUCUUCAUCCAUGCAUUGGAGUCCCAGGCCUGAGUGCACCGGCUCUGGCUCCAGCCAUGUCGGCGAGGAAGGCAGCGGCUGGCGGCGGUGACCAAGCGGGUGACGAACCGUCAGAAGAUGUUCUGACUGAGAAAAACCAAUGCAGCUCUAUGUCAUUGUCCAGCCUGAUGACCUCACCCCCAGCUGCUGGCUUGUCUUUAAACAUGGAGAUGCCUAGGAAGCGCAAGGGCAGUAUGGACACCCUGGAUACAAAAUCUACUUCCAUCCUUGAUGCAGACAUGGAUGACGACCAAAAUGGGUCAGAUGGAGAUGAUCAACAUGUCAAAAUCAAAUGCUUCAAGGAACCACACAGCAAAAUAGAAAAGAGAAGACGGGAUAAAAUGAACUAUCUCAUUGACAAACUGUCAGCUAUGAUCCCUACCUGUAACCCCAUGUCAAGAAAGCUGGACAAGCUCACUGUGCUCAGAAUGGCUGUGCAACACCUCAAAUCUCUCAAAGGUUCAGGAACAACAUUUUCUGAAGCCAACUACAAACCAUCAUUCCUUCCUGAUGAGGAGCUUAAACACCUUGUCCUUAAGGCUGCAGACGGGUUCCUCUUUGUAGUCGGCUGUGAUCGUGGGAAAAUAGUUUUUGUCUCCGAGUCCAUCCAGAAGAUAUUAAAUUAUAAUCGGGUGGAGCUGAUUGGACAGAGCCUGUUUGAUUACAUACAUCAAAAGGACAUUGGAAAAGUGAAGGAGCAGCUUUCAGCUUCUGAAUUAUACCCUCGUGAACGGCUAAUAGAUGCAAAAACCGGUCUGCAGGUCCAGGCUGACCUUCCUGUCGGAGCAACAAGGCUUUGUUCAGGUGCACGGCGCUCAUUCUUCUGCCGCAUGAAGUAUAACAAAGUUUCAGUCAAAGUGGAAGACAAAGAAUUCCAAUCCAGCUCGUCCAAAAAGAAAGAGUCUCAGAAGUACUGCACCGUCCACUGCACAGGCUACAUGCGCAGCUGGCCCACCAGCCAGCUCGGACCGGAUGGGGAGGGAGAGGCUGACAAGCAGGAUAGCUCCCACUUUAGCUGCCUGGUUGCAGUAGGACGCGUCCACUCUCACACAUCUCCCCAGGUUAAUGGAGAAGUCAGAGUUAAACCCACAGAGUUCACUACACGCUAUGCCAUGGAUGGAAAAUUCACCUUUGUUGAUCAAAGAGCAACAACCAUUCUUGGCUAUCUUCCUCAAGAAUUACUUGGGACAUCAUGCUAUGAGUACUUCCAUCAAGAUGACCUGCCACAUUUAGCUGAAAGGCAUAGAAAAGUGUUGCGAAGUAAAGAGAAAAUCGAGACAAACUGUUACAAGUUCAAAACGAAACAUGGCUCUUUUGUCACUCUGCAGAGUCAGUGGUUUAGUUUUGUAAAUCCCUGGACCAAAGAAGUAGAAUACAUAGUGUCAACGAACACAGUUAUAUCGUUUGAUCACAGUCGAACCAGUCAGUCAGGAAACAAGUCUGAACCUGUGAGCAAUUCCAAGACUUCUGAAGAUGGUAAGAAGUCCUUUCCAAUUAUACCUGGCGUCUCCACCACGCCUGGAGCGAUGAUUUAUGCUGGAAGCAUUGGCACUCAGAUUGCAAAUGAACUUCUGGAUUUAAACAGGACAAACUCAUCUCCCUCUAGUGGUAAUGCGAGCCCUUUCAGUUUACCAUCGGAUAAAUGUCCACCAGCUCACAAUCAAAAUAGCAACAAUGUGCCAAAUGGAGAGGCGACAGACAUGGAGGUGCCAGGAAAGUCAAGCUCAGAGGAUGAGCCACAGGAAGCUGCAUUCUCAGGAGGAGGAGAUGCACUCAUGGAGAAUUCACAGCUGGACUUGGACAGCGUGGUUGGGCCAGGCCUUAGUAGUCUUAGCAACGAUGAAGCAGCCAUGGCGGUCAUCAUGAGCCUCCUUGAGACUGACACAAACCUGGGGGAGGCUGUGGACUUCGAAGAGAUGCACUGGUCUCUAUAGAACCUGCUCUUACAGUGUGAACACACUGAUAGACUCUCAAACCAUCCCAUUUUUUUUAAUGGCGUUAUGUCAUUGAAAGCAUACUCUAAGAUGCAGCAUUCCUUUUUAAGGACAAGGUUUAUUUAUUAGUGACUUUUUCCACAUAAGCUGUGUACCUUCAUGUGGCUGCUGUGACUGUAGUGAGAUGAACGACAAUAAGGGACACCUGCUCCCUCUUCAGAAGGGGGAUGUGCCUCUAAAGCCUUGCAGCAGUCUGCCUGCCCUGAAAAGCUGUUCCUCACUGCUUUUCUCACUACUACUGUCAUCCUCUGUCCACCUGAAAAGAUCUCACUUGGUCCAAAAAAUUUGUGAACAAACACAGCUUACUUUUGCUCCUCUACCUAUAUUUGAGAAAAGAAUUGGGAGUGACAAUGCAAAAAAAUGCACUGAAUAGAUUUCAUGUUUUUUAAACCGUCUUACUCUGAUUAGGUACUGUACUUUGAAUUAAAAUGCAAGGACGACACCUUUACAACCUGGCCCAUCUCUGUGACCCCUCAGGAUCCAAGCCGUUUGUAGCCAGUCUACUGCGGCAUACCACACCUCCAUAACCUCGGACUUUGAGAGUCAACUCAUUAUGUGCCGCUCAGAGAUUUCUCUUUAUGUGUCAGUAUCUGAACAUUUUCCAUGAAAACGGCCCAGUAACCACCUCUCACACUGACCUAAAAAUAUUGUAUGUGUGUGGGUUUAGUUUGUUUGCUCAAACCAUGUGUUGAGGUCAUAUCUUUCUUAAAGGGAUAGUUUGCAUAGGAAAAAUGUCUUUUUUUCUUUGAGACCUUUCUUUCUCUUCAAUGUUGGCUGUGUAGGAUUAGUAUCCCCACACUAAUCAUUAAGGGUCCGCCUUGAUAGAAACAUUGGAGACAAGUUUGCCACAAUACCAGCAUUAAAAACUUUAAAGGUCACAUAUUUUGCUCUUUUAAGACAAGUGUAUAUUUUUCCCCUAAGGUCUCCAAAACAUUCCUGUGAAGUUUGUUGCUGAAAACCCUCCAGUAUUGGGUUUUUGCUUGUCUAAAAAAUCCCUCUGUUUCAGUCCUGCUCAGAACGAGCCAUUUCUGUGUGUGUGUGGCUCUAAAUGUUACUGAGCUGUCUGACUCCGCCCCUGACCACGCCCAUUUCAGGAUGUAGAUGUGGUUCUCCUGAUCCUCCUUGUUGGUACCUGAUCCGUCCCGGAAACCCGAUUUGUACUGCACAUGUGCAAACACGCGUCUACAUCCCCUUGGCAGCCUAUCAAAGCUAGGUUAGGUUUAGCCUUUUAAUUUAUCUUGUUAGAUUUAGGGGUAGCUCACUGGGGUAGGUUUAGAUUUUAAUUAAUUAGCUUCCUGGGUUACGUUUAGCAUUUAUAUUCCACUGGUUAGGGUUAGGGUUAGAAUUCAUUUAUGUAGAUGCGGAUGUAGACACGUGUUUGCACAUGCGCAGUGCAAAUCGGGUUUCCGGGACGGAUCAGGUACCGACACUUCUCUCAGCUGCCAACUGAGAGGAGGAUUAGGAGAGGAGGACUGAACUUUCUUCCAAGCAAGGAGGGCCAACUGAAACUGGAGGCGAUGCUAGCUCCCCACAUGACAUCAUGAGGGGAAAAUCUUAGAAUGGCUUGUUUCAGCACACUUU